UAACAAUUUAGCACCACUCGAUCAAGUUAGGGUUCACCGCUGCUGGCUGCGACAGGGGGACCGGUUGUUAGGAGUUGUGACCGAACGGAUUGGGUACACCCAACCAAAGCGCAUGCGAAAAGUGAGGAAAAAACCGAAAUUGGAGUCAAGCUUACAGAGUGACUGUCGCCAAAGGAAAACCAGUUUUUCAUUGGACGAGGUUUUGCAGCAGCAGCAGCAGCAACAACCAACCACAGUAGAAACAGAUUGAAGUGUCCAGUUCAGAGGAGGACCCCACGGGACAAACUGCCAGCAGUAAUCAGUUCUCCAAGCAGCAAUUCGACAAACUUCCGAAAGCUUUCCGGUCAACGAACAUGAAGCCGUUUAGUUGGAGUACGAGUGCGUUGGUGGUCCUGUGCCUCGGGGCCUGUGUCCUGGCCGCCCCCAAUGCCAUCCGGGUGAAGCGUGGCGACACCGAACUCAGCGACGUUGAUCUCACAGGAGCGGAGGACGCAUCACUCGGCAACGACCUUGACCGUGACAAGCGAAAAAUUCCAGACCCCAAGUACGAAGCCAAAAAUGCCAUCCUCGGAUUCGUUUUCGGAAAAAUCAACUCCCUGAUCGACGCCAAGACUAAGCUGGUGGACAAACUGGACCAGGCCAACAUCGAGAAGAACAAGCUGCACCACAUCGAGUCGCCGAAGCCGAUCACCAGCUUCAAAACUCUGGUCGCGUCGGUGAUCACCCCGAAGGUGCAGUUCAUCACCUCGAAGAUCGGUGCCUUCAGCGGAGGGCUGCUCGGUGGAUCGUCCGGCGGCGGACACAACGGCGACGGCGAUGAUCACGACAACGGAAACGGCAGCCCAGCCGCUCCCGGAUUGGGAGGCGUUGUGUCGUCGCUGUUGAAACUGUCCGGGCCGAUCCUUGCCGGAUCGUCCGGUAACAACGGGGGAACGAAUUCGGUCUCGCUUGGAGAUCACGACGACGACGAUGAUGAGUAGAUCAUUCGUUCCGAUAGGCGGUUAGAUCACUUACCGCGUAGGAAGGGGGGGAUUCUGAAAAAGUGCCGUACCAUUUGAAGACAUUUAUGUUUGAGGUUUUUUGAAAUGGGGGAGGCUCGGCAGGGGAUUUGAUUGGAUGUCAUUUUGGAGUUGGUUAAUAUGGAUGAUCAUGUUUUGCAUAAUUCCGAGGCAAAACUCAAACUGAGAUAAAUAUAAUGUACAGGAAAUUAACUUAUAAAAUGAUUAUAUGCAAAAAGCUCCUCAAAUCUACAUCCAAUUUUGCUUUUAUUGGCAACAUCGGAUUGCCACAUAGAAGUGACAACAAUUGCAUUAAAACUUCUAACUAUUCUGAACCAUAAAUUGCAAAAUGGCAUCAAAUCAUUUCUCCUACUCAAUUUAGGACAAUUCGUGUCGCAAAAACGUUCGUUAAAAAUAUGAAAAGGGUUAUUUAAGAGGGACAUCCGCAUGUAGAAAAGUUCCAUACAAUUACAUCGAAAUCAAGAAUCAUGACGACAAACUCAUCCAGCAAUCAGCAAAUCAUCCAUUUACGUGUUUAAAUGUAGAAUCGAGAACAGAGCAAAUUUUAGGUAAGAGAGGAGUCAUUUCGGGACCGAGAAAGUAGUCGCUCCAAGGAAGCCAGGGAAGGUGUUCAAAGUUUAAAUAUUGUUAUAAAAAAAUGUUUAAAAAAAGCGAAAUCAAAAAAAUUACUUUUGUCAUUAUCCAUUGUAAAUAAACGGAAGCAAAACAAUCAACAAAAUCCGUUAAACAUUAAGGAGAGGUGAAUAGAGUGUGAGAGAGUAAUAAAAGCUACCAUAACAAAAAAACAUUAA